AUGUGGCAUUCUCUGAAAUCACAGAGGCUCCCAGCCCAGAUCCAGGUAGCAAUGUUGAAUCUAGGAGAGUGGGGUCCAUGUUCUGGCAAUGACUGUGGAUUUGGAGGGACACAGAGGAGAGUGAUUUGGUGUGAGCACAUAGACGGCACCACUGCUGAUCACUUAGACUGUGUAGCAGAGGAAUCACCUCCUGGCACCAGAGUGUGCUUCAAGGUUUGUCUGAAUCAUAGGAACCUCUUCCAAUGGCAAGUCAACGACUGGGGACAGUGCACACAGAACAACAACCUAGAGAUCGCAACAACAGGGGAUGUGACAUCCUGCGGACCGUCGUCCUUUGGACUUCAAGAGCGCACGGUCUCCUGCUUGGAGAUCUCGACUUCCUAUGUUCAGAGGAAUGAGGAUGGUUCGGUACCGGACUACAUCUGCAAGCAGUUUACCGCCAAGCCUUCUAUCUUCCAAGAAUGCAUCACACCUUGCGCCCAAGACUGCAUCGUGACGCAGUUCUCGCCUUGGAGCCCUUGCUCUAAGACAUGCGACAACGGCACCCAGUCCCGUGCACGCAGAGUGGUCAUACCGCCUUCGAACGGAGGACAGGGAUGUCCACCGCUGAGUGAAACCAUGGCAUGUUCUGCAGAUGAGCCUUGCGAAGUAGAGGAACUCUUUUCUUUCAGCCCUGGUGUGUCUGUCUGGGGACCAUGUGUGAUGUUUUCCGGAGGAUUCCCAACAGAAGGAUCUGAUACAGGUCUUCAGACCAGGAGACUCUGGUGCCAAAGAAGUGAUGGAAAAACUGUCAGAACAAGUAUGUGUUAUCGAGACGGAAUGUUCAAAGAGCCACCCCAGAACCAAGUCUGCAUCGUUCCGGUCAACUGCCAUGUCUCCGGUUGGUCCGAGUGGUCAUCCUGCUCGGACCCCUGCUCAUCAAACCUGGUCAGUCACUCGGUCAGAAAGAGGACCGUCCUGAAGGUACCAAAGGGAGAUGGUGAGCGCUGUCCUGAACUGGUCCAGAAGAGGACCUGUUCCUAUGAUGCUAAUACUUGUCCAAGGUAAAGGAAUUAUAACAUUGAUUGUGUUCCCUGUAUAAA